AUGAGUGUUUUAGAAAUUCGUCAUGAAUUUGUCGAUAUUGAAACACGAGAUAAUCAACAAUUAUAUCAAGCUUUUUGUAAUCAUAUUUAUUUGGGUCAAUGGGAAUUAUGUCGAAUAUGUUUACAAAUUUUAUUUACUAAACGUUUAAAACUUAAUACAAAUUUAGAAGAUUUAUUAAUUGAUAUUAUUCGAAGUCCAACUGCUUAUUGUACGGGAUCAAAAUCAGUACCAACACCAUUCCAUUUUGCUUUAUUGUUAGUGGAAGAAUGCCGAGUGAACCAGUAUUUGGAUGCUACAAUAGUCGAAGAACUUAAACAUUAUUCAACUUUUAAAUUCCUUUUGGCUGUAGGUGAUAUUCAACCGAGUGCACAAGUUGCUCAAGAAUUUGAACGACUUCAUAAAAAUACCGAUGAUAUUCCUUCAACUCUUUUAACUGAUUCAAUGGCUGAUUUUCUUGUUGAUUUAUGGUUACAUGAAACUCCUCGUGUUCAUGCAUUUAUUCGUUUAUAUUUAUAUUCGUCAAUUCCAUCUAUACAUACAUGGUUAAUACAAAUUCAUAAACGUGCACUUGAAAUUUGUUUACAACAAUUAAAAACAUUAAAUAAUGAACAACAAAAAACAAAUCUUGUUGAUUUACUUCUUGCAUUACAUUUUUAUUCAUGUGAUACAAAUGAAUUUCGUUUAACAAUACGUGAUACAUUAAGAAAAAUUGUUAUUUAUGCAACUGAAGGAAAUGAUAAUUCAGGACAAUUAUUUAAUUUAAAAACUUUAUAUCGUUCGAUUUUAAAUAAUGGUUAUUUAGCACGUUUAAUAAGUGAAUUAGAAAGUGAUUAUCGAAAAGAAUUAUUAAAUAAUGAUACAGUUAUAAUACAUUUUCUAAAGAAAAAUUCAUUUCGAAAAGAAAAUUUUUUUUGGAAAGAAAUUUAUCUAUAUUUAAUUGAAAAUAAAUUAGAUUUAAUAUCAUGUGUAUUAAAUGAUUCAAUAUUAAUGAUACAAAGUCGAGAUUAUUCAUCAUUAGAUCAAUUAUUAAAUAUUGAACAAUUUAAAUCAUUACAUCUCUAUAUAUUUCUUCUUGGAUGGACACAUGUAAGAACAGUUAAUGAUGCAAUUGUAUUAUAUGAUUCAAUUAAUGCAUUACCUGAUAAAUGUUCGAUGUUAAGUAAAUCUUUAGAAUUAUUUCAAUCUCAUAUUGAAUUUAUAACAUGGUUAUAUAAUAUUCGACGAAUUGAUCUGUAUCAUGAUGGUGUAACAAAUUUACCAAAUAUGUCGAGUUUAUUAUCAAAAUUACAGACAACUUCACCAUUGUCAUUAAUUCAUGAAUAUUUAGAUAUACAAACAAUUGAUUCAAAGGAAAUUUUAGAUAAAUUACAAAAAACUUUAGUAGAUAUUGAUGAUGACAAUGACAAAUCAAAUGAAAAAAAACGUGUUCGUUUUCUUGAUGCACCAUUUAAUACAAUUGAAUCACAUCGUUUAUCUCAAACAACAUCUUCAAUGAUUUUUCUUGGUUAUCUAUCUGUUAAUACUGUUAUUGAACGUAUAUUAUCAUCUGACAAUCAUAAUCCAGAAACCGAUAUAUUUUCUUUAACUCGAACAUAUUUAACACAAAUAUAUCCAUUACGUUUUCGUCUUGAACUAUUAGAAAAUCUAUUUUCACUUGUAUUUAUUCAAUCAAGUGAUUUAAAAAUUGAUGAUGCAGUUGAAAUAAUUGAACAACUACCACCAAGUACUCCAUCACUUUCUUUAACAACAUCAGAUAAACUUUUUUCAUCCAUACAAAGUAAUCUAACUAAUGAUAGUUUUCAAACAUCAACAAAUGCAAGUAUUAAAACUCAAUUAUCAAUAAGAAGAUUUGAUAAUGAAUUAGAUGAAAAUACGGAUGAUAAUCUAUCUGUAUGUAGUAGUUCAAUGAGUUCAGUUGGUGCAUCACAUCAUCAUCCAAUAAAUCGCUCCGGAUUAUUAAUAAAUCAAUAUGUACUUUAUCAUUUAUUAAUAUUUUUACGUGAUCAAUUAGCAGAAGUUCGAGCACUUCAUCAAAAAAUAAAAGAUAAAGCAACUGAUCGUGAUACAGUAGAUUUUGAAACAUUAUUAGAUAAAUAUUUUCAUGGAUGUUCAAUUCAAACAAAUGAACAAUUUGCAAGUCGAGCAACAAAAUUAAAUACUAUUGUUAGUGAAACAUUAUGGAGAUAUCAAUUAUUAACAGCAAAUAAAAAUGAAUCAUCAACAGAAGAAAAUAAAAAUGAUGAACAAGAAAAUGAUAAUAAUUUAAUUAAUAAUCCUAUUAUAAAAAAUUUAAUUCUUCCUAUUCCUGUUCAUCGACAUGCUCAUCGGCGAAAACGUCGAAAACGUCUUUCGGAAAGUAGUAUAUCAAGUGCUGCAUCAUCAUCUUAUAAUGGUAGUAGUAAUAAUACAACGAGAACAAAAUCAACAUUAGUAUCACAAAUUCUUUCAACUCGUGAUAAUCUAUUAGCUAUUUGUUUAAAAGAAGGAAAAAUUACUGAAGCUAAUGAAGUUAUACGACUAUUCAAUAUGCAAGAUCAUCCACUUGCUGUUGAAGCAAAAUUUAGUAAAUUAUUUCAUGAUACAGUUAUACAAUUAUCUACAACCGAUUCAUCUGUAACUACACCUAUUGAAAAUUUUACAUCCAAUUCACCAUUAGCUGGUUUAGCUCAUUUAACACAAUCAGCACUUAAUAAUUCAUCCGUACAACAAGGUAUGAAUCCUUUAUUAGAAGCUGCUCAAACAUCAAAUGUUUCUUCAACAUUACCAACAUCAACAUAUUUCGAUCAUGAACAUUUUCUUUCAUUAACUUUAUUUGAUCUUGCAAUAAAUGCACCAACAAUGACAAUAAGUAAAACAUUACUUGAUAUGGCUCAACAUCGUUUACCAAUUCCACGUCCAUUAUUUUCAUCAAAUACAUCAUCACAUAAUAAUCAAAAUAAUCGAAAUUCUCCGUCAAGAAUUAAAAAUUUAAGUGAUAUGAUUAAUAAUUAUAGUCAAUUAGCUAAUUCAUCAAAUGGAUCAUUUUAUGAUUUAUUACUUGAUGUUACAAUACCAUUAGAUGCAAUAAAAGCAACAAAAACUAUUCAAUAUUAUAAAAGACUUGAUGAACAUUGUCGACAAUAUUAUAUUAAUGAACAAAAUUCUUUACCAAUUGAAGAACAAGUUAGAAAUACUGGAGAAUUUUUUGAAAAUGAUCCACAAGCUAAAGUAGAUUUAAUUGCAUAUAUUAGGAAUUCACCCAAUCAAACGAGAUUAUCAUCUUCAUCUUAUAUAAAUUAUUUUUCAAUAUUUCAUACAUAUUUACAAAAUUUUCGUACACUUCUUGAAAAAUUUCCAGUACCAGAUAUUCCAUCAGAUGUUGAUUUAUCGAAAUAUUCUCCAUUAUCACUUAUUCAUCGUAUUGUUGCACGAUCAACUGAUAUUGAUUUAGCACAAUUACAAUUAAUGACAUCAAAAUUAAAUAUUGAUAUAUCACUUGCUGUUAGUCUUAAUAUAAUUCGUCCAUUAUUUGUUGAUAAAACAAUAGCAACAUCAUCGUUAUCUUCAAAUAGACGUACAACAUUAUUACAACAACAACCAAUAAAUAUUUUUUCUAAUCGUCAACAAUUUAUGCAACAAAAACAAUCAUCACAUUCAUUAUCAAAUGAAAGUACUAAGGCACAUAUGAGAAAAUCAACAACAUUUUUUAAACGUCUUGCAAGUAAACUUGGUGAUUUUCAAAAUGAACCUCAAUCAUUUAAUGAACAUCCUGAAAAAUUUAUAAGAACUUUACUAACCAAAUUAUUAGAUUCAAUUCGAAAAUUAAUUCAAGAAUCAAAUCAUAGUCAUAUGAUGAUUGAACAUAUAGAAAAAUUACUUGCCUUAGAUGAUUAUGAUAAUAUUCUUAAUGCUCUACCAUUAUUAACAUAUCUUGAUCUUGAUCGUUUAAUGACAAAUGAAGAACGUAUAUGUUUUUUUACAAAUUUAUAUAAUUUUCUUAUAAUCAUUUUUCAUAUUGAACUUAUUCGAACAACAAUAACAACAAUACAAAUAACAAAAACAACAACAAAUAUUUUUCGUAAUGAACUUGAACGUCUUUUAUUUCUUUUAACAACACGUAUUGAUAUUGGACAACUUAAACAAAUAUCAUUAUAUGAUAUAAAACAUUAUAUAUUAAAAGAAAAUAUUCUUACUGAUGGACUUAAAUUUGAUAUUGAUCCAACUGCACCCUAUUAUCAAUAUGCACCAACAAUUCAAAAUAAUCAACAUAUUAAAAUAGGUUUAAUAUUAAAUGGUUGUAUGAUUUCAUCUACACCAUUUAUUGUUUUAACACCUGAAUUACUUAAUGAUCAAUUACAACGUUCUACAAGAGAUUUUAUUGAUAAAUGUGUUACAAUGAAAACGAAUGAAACAGAUAAUUCAAUUGAAAUUCUUGUACCAUAUAUUCUUCAUAAACAAUUCGAUCAAACAAACGAUGAUAUGAUUAAAUUUAUUGGAGAAUAUUCAUCGAAUAAUAAUAUUCUAUGUGCUAUUACUGAACAACGUAAAAUAACAACUGAAAUAAUUCCUUGUCAAACGGAUUUUGCUUUGAGUUUCGAAUAUCGUUUAUGUUCAUCUUUGUCUGAAAGACAUCAACGUCGUCGUCGUACAAGUUCACUUCCAACAUCAACAACAAUUACAACUUUAUCUCCUUCAAUUGAUUUUCUUUCUCAAACAACAACAUUACCUAAUCAUCUAAUUGAUUCUCGUACAAUAUCAUUUGUUCAAGAAAAAUCUCCUGCAUUAGGACAAAUUCUUCAAAUAUAUGUUCAAUCUGUUGUACAUAAUCAAGCAAUUGAAGAUGAUAAAACUCCAUUAAAAACAUAUUUUACAAGUUUAUUAUUAUCACCCACAUUAAUACAAUCAACAACAUCAAUAGGUGAUGAAUGGUUUCGUUCAAUUGUAUUAAAUGAUUUAACUUAUCAACAUGAUCUUCUCCUUUAUCUUUGUUCAUUAUUAUGGAAUGAUUCAAAAUAUACUGAAAUUGUUCAAUUAUUUGAUUCAUUAUUACCAUCAUUUAUUGUUCAUUCAUCAUAUUGUCAAAUUCUACGUGAUUUAGCUUUAUUAAGUUUAAUAAAACAAACAUCAGAACCUGAUCAUGCAUAUCAUUAUUUACGUAAAAUUCAUGAUUGUCAUUUAUUAAUACAUGCAACAUUAACAUAUUUACCACGUUUCGAUGGGCCAACAUGUUUAAAAUUACUUGAAUUAUGUUUAACAUCUUGUAAAAAAUAUCAUUCUGAUUAUAUUGAUUGGAUACAAGAACGUUUAAAUAUAAUGUAUGUAUAUAAAACAUUAUGUCUUGGUGCAUUAUCACAAUUUACAAAAUGUAUGGAAAAUAUAUCUAAACUUGAUACACAAUUAAAUCUAUCAAUUGAAGAUAUGGCUAUAAAAAAAACCUCAUCGAAAUGUUUAACAUGGCAACGUGCUGAAGAACAUUCACAACGUGAUCCAUUAGCUGUUGUUGAUAUGUUUAUCUUUGAAAAACAAUUUGAUAUGGGACAUAAAUGGUUAACAUUAUUAAAUAAACAUGUUGAUGAAGAUAUUAUUAAUCGUGUAAGAUUUAAAUUAGUUGAAGAACAUAUACAUUGGUUAUUAAAUGAAGAAAAUAUUGGUAAUGGAAAUAAAUUUUUACAAAUUAUUGAUACAAUAACAAAUAUCAAUGAUAAAUGGCAUUUAUGUACAGAUUUAAUUAAUGAUUUAUCAAGACAAAGAUUAGUAACAAGUACAAAAUCAAUACCAUUUUCAAGAUUAUUUAUUAAAUUUCGUCUUAUACAAUAUAUGUUAGCACAUUUUGAAGAAAAUUCCGCAUUUUUUCAAGGACAAUAUGAUCGAUCAAAAUUAUGUGUAUUAGUUACUGGUUUAGCUAUAUUUUUUAAUUGUAUACCAUUAGAACAAACAGAUUCCUAUGAACAAUUAGUUGGACAACCAUUACUUAUUCUUGAACAAUUACUAAUGAAUAGUUCAAUUGAUAUAGCUAAAAUAACAAUUGAAACAUUAAAAGUUUUAAUUGAAAAAUAUUCAUUAGAAAAUAUUAUUAAUAUAAAACAAGUUGAUCAAUUAAUUGAAAUUUAUACAAAGAAAAGUGUACGAUUAAAUGUUGUUCAACCACAUGAAGAAACGCCAAUAACAGUUGAAAAUAAACCUGUUCUUCAACCUCCACCUAUUUCAUUGAUUGAACGUCGUCGUAGCUCAUUAAAUCCAGCUACGUAUAUUACUAAACGUAAAGGUUCUCAAGAUUUAUCUCCAUUAGGUCGUCGAACUAAUACUAGUGGUACAAAUAAUUUCUUCAAUUCAAUACGUCAUCGUAUGUCACCCAGAACUCCAAUAACAUCUCCAAAUGUACCAGAGUCUGAUUUACAAACAUCAUCACCAUCAACAAUAGCAUCAUCACCUAAUACUAAUAGUCCACCAAUGUCACAUUCAAUUCCAAUAAAAUCCCAACAACCUCAACAACAACAACAACAACAAACAUCUUCGUCUUUUUUUGAUCAUUUUUCAUCAUCAUUUACAAACAAAUCUAAUAUAAAUGAACAAUCUCAUCAAGGACAUAAAACAACUGAAUAUACUGUUCCAUUAGUAGUUCCACCAAAAAAAUCAUGGGUAUCAGAUGAUGAAGUAGCUGUAUGUAUGUGUUGUAAUGAAACACAUUUUUCAAUGUUUAAUCGUCGUCAUCAUUGUCGUCGUUGUGGUCGUGUUGUAUGUAAACCAUGUUCACAACAUAUGACAAUAAUUAAAGGACGUUCGGAACGUACAUGUAAAGAUUGUUAUCAAUAUAUGCAAAAUAAUCCAGCACCACCUACAACUUCUCGACCAGAAACAAAUACUCCAGUAAAAAAAUUUGAAAAUCUCCGAUCUCUUGCUAGACCAAUCCAUUCAUUUAAAAGACUAUCAAUUAGUCAAGUUUAUCUAAAGAAUAAUCGAUCAUACACAAUAACAUCAAAUAAUCAUUUAUUAGGUACAUCACUCGUUAAUGAAACUCCAAGUAUUUUAGUAGAAGAUACUUUAUUAUUAAGUUCAAGUUUUUCAACAGGAAGUCCUCUAUCAAAAAAUAAUAAACUUCAUUAUCGUUCAUCAAUGGAUACACCACAAACACAAGAUAAUAUUACUGAUGCACCUGCAAUACCUAUUAUUACCGAUCAAGUACAAUAUCAAUUAACAGGAACAUCGAGUGAUGAUAGUUUACGUAAUGAUUUUCAUUAUGAUCAAUCUCCUAGUAUAUCAUUAUGUUUAUCAUUAAUUGAAUUACAUUCAAAUCAAUAUGAAUGUGGAAAAUUAUUAAUAAAAUUAUGUGAAUAUUUAUCUGAACAAUUAUCAACAAAACAACGUAAUACUGAAAUUGAUUAUGGUUUAGUAUUAAAUAUAAUAAAAAAUCUUUUAUUUACUGCUAAAAUGAAAUUAACAACAAGUUAUUUUACUGAUGAAGAAUCAGGUGAACAACAAAAAUUAUUAAGAUCUUGUGAAAUAUAUAAUAAUCUUAUUGAUAUAUUAAAUCGUUUAAAUAUGGCUAAUUGUUCAUUACCAGCUUUAAAUGAUCUUUUACAACAAGAUACAUUAAGAAAAAUUCGAAAUCAAUUAUUAGAAGAUGAACGAUAUCAAUUAGCAAUGGAUAUUUCAACAAAAUGUAAUUUAGAUACACAAACAAUUUGGUUUCAAUGGGGAAUGGCUUAUCUUCAUAUUGGUCAAUAUGGUGAAGCACGUGAUAAAUUUGACAAAUGCUUACAGAAAACUUCGGAUACAACUGAUAAAACAUUGAAACAACUACAACGUGGUGGUGUAAGUCAAGAAAAAAUAGUCAAUGAUAUAAUCGCAUUUCUUGAAUCAUCUCGUCCAUUGAAAUAUUCCAUGAGAAAUCAAUAUUUAUCUGAACAACAAAUUCGACAAAGUGGACAAACACGUGCUAGUUUAAAAUAUCUCAAUAGUCUUUCAACAAUACCACGUUUACCCGAUAAAACAAAUAAAGCAAUAGAGAAUGAAAUUCUAUUUUAUUUAACAAUGUAUAGUGAUGAUGCACAUUUAUUAGAUUAUUAUAUUCGUCAUGAAUAUUAUACACAAGCAUUUGAAUAUAAAUGUUCAUUAGUAUUAUUUCGUGAUCAUAUUUAUCUUCCUUUAUUAAAACGUAAUCAUAUAAAACAUCUAUUUAAUUAUAUAUUAUCACAUAAUCUUAGUUUAUUUACACAUCAUUUAAAAUUUAUUUGUACAUAUUUAAAAGAACAAGAAAUGAAUCAUUCAUUAUUACAAUUACAAUUAUUUCUUAAUGAUUAUCUUAAUGCUGGUUUUACAUCUGUGAAAUUAUUUACGAUAAAUCGAACAACAUAUUUAGAUUUAUUUGAAAAACGUUCAAAUUAUUUACAAAAAGGUUUAGAAUAUUUUCUACAAGCAAAAGCUGAUACAGAACAAACAAUGAUGAAAAUUCAUAGUACUAAAAGUAAAAUUGAACUUCAACUUGAAAUAACUCGUUAUAUUUAUGGACAAUUAAAACGAUUGAAUACCAAUGGUUCAAAUAUAUUAAUCAAUUGUCCGACAUUAUUUGAUGGAAAAGAUUCAAUAAUUAAACUUAUUCUAGGUUUAAUAACAAUAUCUGAUACAAUGACAACUGCAUUUAGUUUAAUUAAUAAAAUAAUCAAUGAAUUGAAUCUUUCAAUAAAUGAAGUUUUUCUUCCAUGUGCGGAAGAAAUUGGUAAACGUCGUGAUUAUCGUAUGCUUCAACAAUUACUUCAAGUAAUGCGUGAUAAUGGUUAUAAUGAUAAUAAACUACAUGAUGAUAUUAUUGAAAGUUGUGUACGACAAACUGGUUCGGAUGUUGAACAAAGUCGAGAACAAGACACAUUAAUACAAAUGAUUAAAAAUGAUAAUACUCGUAUAAAUGUUUAUAUUUCUGUUGGUAAAUUACGUGCAGCUUAUUUAAUAGCUAUUCGUCUAGGUAAAGAAGAUAAAAUUCGUUUAAUUCGUGAUGAUGCACAAAGAAGUGGUCAAACAGCUGUUUAUGAAAUGUGUAAAAAAUGGUUAGAAAAUCGAGCAAGUGAACAGUGA